CUCCACUAUUCUUCAAUUAAAACUUUGAAACCGUUCUCGACAAGCCAUAAUUUCUCAAACAAGAGCCAGACCUUUUGCAGAAAAUACCACAUCUCGAGCCAAUCCCCCUGAUCUCUGUAUCUAAGACCCAACGACCUACUUCUCCCACCACACCCCGAUUAGCCUACUCCCAGAGAUCGCCCACAGUCCGGUCCAAGACAGUUCCGUUCCGUUGCAUCUCCCUGGCUGUCAUGAUCCUCACUGGACACCGCCUUCAUCAGUCCAUCACCUCAAAGCAAAUAAACCCGCCCCACUAGCUAAAAAGCCCAGUGCCCUGGUCACGGGUCACAACAGAGCACCCAUCACAUCACUACCCCCAGCAUUACUCGCAGAUCUUCCGGUGCCUUGAACGAUCUUCUCGUCCAUCUCUGUGUUUCAACCCUAGCCCACCGUGUCUGAGAGGCAAAAGCCACUCAGCUCUGCAAGAAGACCUGCCACGCUGGUUCAUCUUCUCUGCUGACGCAGAUGCUUGAUGCACGUGCCGAGGUUCACAUUCAAGCUUGCGCCACCUUGGGCCCAUCGUCUCCGUAAAGUUUGCGCUGUCGGCGAGACGUGAACCACUUUUCCAACGUCUUCCCUGGGAACUUCGAGAUCUACAACUUCAACUUGGGAGCCUCGUUUCCUUUUUCCCUCAUCAGAUACGCCCCAUUAGUUCAUCGCCAGAUAGCGCCAGAUCACCUCUUCGCCUUCCAGCGUUCCUCUCGGCCCCUCCACUGGUCCGGGGAUUCGCCUAGAUCCACAACGUCUUCCGUGUGCCGCACUUGACCAAAUGUGGUUCACCCCGAACCUCGACGGGUGAUGUUAUACCACAAUGCAGAGCUUUGCACUCUCCUCGGCGCCUCCAUCGGCCCAGAAGAACUAUGUCUUUGUCGAUGAACAUAACCGACAUAAGCGUCUCAAGGUUAUGAGGGCUUGCGAAGGUUGUCGUCGUCGCAAGAUCAAAUGUGAUUCUGCCACCACUAACACAUGGCCAUGCGCCGCCUGUGUUCGCCUUAAAUUGCAAUGUGUUCCCCCUAUCGGAGGUUUGGACGGCGAUGACGGCGACGAUGGCCCGCUUGCCGCAUCACAGCCUUCCACCAUCCAACCUACCCAGACACCCUCGCAAAUUCCACCGCUCCAGCAAUCCCAAUCCUAUCAAUCACAACUUUCUACUGGACCACCCGUCCAGUCCGAUCCAUCUCUGAAUUAUGACGCUUACGCAGGUUACCCAAGGCCCCCCUUCCAAAGCCUGGACAAGCCAUAUCUUGACUAUUACUCAACCACACAGACAUUUCCUGGAUCUUUAAACGCUCCCUACCAAGCAACUCCCCAGGAUUUACAAUACUUUGCCGAAUCCCAGUUCCCAGUCAAACAGGAGAGGACAGACUCGACAGCGUCGGACAAUUUCACCGCCGAGGAUUUGAUGGAGCACAUGGGAACCCUGAAAAUUGCCGAAAAUGGCGUCGCACCGUAUAUUCGGGAGGAGAAAGGCGUGGGUCAAGGUUCGAUCGCUCCCGUCCAUGAAGCCGAGACCGAAUCGAGAAUCGUCGCCGCUUUCAGCACCGAUGCAGGGUCUCAUAUUCGCAUUCCACCCGCAUUGAUGCCCUUUGACGAAGAUGCUAUGGACGCUUUUCAGACAUUCUUCAGAGAUGUCCAUCCAUACGCACCUGUUCUAUGUCGCAAUCACUUCUACGAUCAAUGGCACAAUGAUCGGUCAUCUCUCUCCCCUCUAGUUCUGGAAGCCAUUUUCGCCAACGCUGGUAGGCUGUCGGAUGACCCUGCCCAAGGUGCCCAAUGGUUGGCCCUCGCAAACAAACAUGAAACCUGUUUCUUGGACAGACCACGCUUGAGUACUUUACAGGCGUUGAUCCUUCUGCUCAAAGCAAGAGAAAGUGCCCCAAAACGCGGAUACUACUACCGAUCAUGGAUGACCAUCAAAACCGCAGUCUCAAUGGCCAAGGACCUCGAAUUACACGAGCAUUACGAAAUACACAAUUCUGGAGAAGACUGUGACUCUGAUCCAGUGGAAUGUUUGACCAAGACUCGAGUAUGGCAAACUCUGUUGAUAUGCGAAACCAUGGUCGGCGCACCCCAAGGAAGAACCGAUCUCGGAGUCGAUCCGAGCACAGUCGAUAUCAGUACGCACCCACCUCACUCUGACAUGGACGAUUUCGAAAAAGCCAUCACCAGGCAGUUUGCUUACUUUGUCCGCAAUGUUCGAAACAUUCGUCUCAUCACCGAGGUUUCGCAUAAACUCAAAAGGAAAAAGGACUGGGGAUUGGAACCAGAGCUGGUCAAGUACAACUCGACCUUUCGAAAGUGGCCAGCUGAACUUCCCAAAGACCUUCAGAUCAUCAUGCCGCCCAAAAGCGGUAUUCCUGACAUUUCAUCGCACUUCUUGGGCAAUAUGCAUUCAUACUACUACUUGGCCAUUGUUAUGCUUCGACGUCCGCAACUGUCGGCCUCACAGAACUAUGGCGCCGAUGGCGCCUGGAAACAACACAUGAGUGUCUCCUAUGAUUCUGCCAAGAUGCUGUGUCGCUUACAGGAAGGCAUUCUCCAAAAGUUUGAUUUGAUCGGCCUCCUCUGUAUGCAGAGGGGCAUUAAUUUCACCAUUUACGCCAUUUUGACCUGCAUCAUGAUUCAUUUGAUCGCAAUCUCCUCUCCCGACCCCGAAUAUAACGCCGAUGCUCGAGAUUACUUUGUCCGACAUAUGCGCAUCCUUGAACGGUGCAUGUCGGCCUGGCCGAUGCAAGAGACGGAAGAACAAAUCAAUGCUCUGAGAGCCGCCUUCUCUGCUGACCUCAAUAAACCUUUCCAGCUGCGCGACUCCUUCCCCCUUGGCUCUCCGUCCGAUCAGUCUCGACCCUCACCAGCUUCUCAGUCUCAAACAUCACCUCCCCAUCAAUCAACUUCUCAACCGCCCACCCAACUUCAUCUUCAAACCCCAACACCAACCCAAUUUCCGGAAUUGCAGCAGCCUCAGGCCACCUCGAGCACUUACCUUCCACACCAUGUCAAUGCUGUGCAAAACCAGUCUUCAUACCUCGCAACACCGCCAUUUUCUGCUCAUGACUCCAAACCGCCCACGCCAAUCUAUUCAGCUUCUUAUGAUAUCCCCGAACAAACGAAUCAAUAUUCCAGUGUGGGGGCAAGUACGGGGAAUUACUAUACGUCGCAACCAUCUGCACAACCUCAGAACGAAUUUAACUGGAACCCCACCCCAAUCAUUCAUCAAUUCGACACCGCAUUUGCCAUUCCACCCUCGGCUCUUGCGCCCCCACCGAGUAUGUACGGCGGCAGUGGCACGAGCCCACCAAUAUCUCUUCAAGGAUCAUUCAGCCGCCAAACGAACUCUCCAUCCAUUGUACAGGCAUCCUCUCACCCACAGCCUCAACAACCAUAUCAAGUCCACCAAGUUCAGCAGCAGAAUUACUUCACUCCACCAAUUGGACUUCAGCAACAACCCCCGAAUCUGGACAACCAGCAGAACAACAGUCCAGUCGGGCCGGGAGGGAUGCAACAAAUGGCCAGCGGCAUACCUACAUCGGGUGGAGAAUUUGGAAAUAUUGAAGCAGCUCCGAACGCCUUUCACCCGAGCAUGCAAUUCGUCACACCUCGGCAGUGGCAGCAGAGCGUGCAGAGUGUCUUUGCAGCCGGAGGCAUGAAAAGGCAAUGGGACUAUGAUCACUGAUCUACUCUGAUUUCUUGUUGGUCUUGAUUGGAGGCAAGGUAGGAUGGCGUUGCUGGCGCGUCCUUUGGAGUAAUUAUUUUGUUGGAUGGAAUAGUGCAUAUCUGUUUGCCUGGCCGUCCAGACUCACAGCUUUUGCACCCGAUUUGUACAUUUGCAACAUCCUGACAUGGCACAAGUUCUCGCGAUACCCGGACAGCGAUUGGUGGGGUUGACAUGUAUGGACCCUGCGUGUGUUACGCAGUGAAAGAUGAGACCAUGGGAACAUGCCAUUUACGAUGAAAUAGUGUGACGAAUGAUACGAGUAUUGCAUGUCUUUUGA